AUGCGCAUCUCACCGGAAGGAUCGGCUAUACUUAAUCAGUUGGCAGUUCUUGACUUCCGAUCUUGUGUUAAAAAGUACUAUUCACAAGAAUAUCAACUAUAUGGCGUGGUUAGCAAUACUUGCAGCAAGAUCUGCGACAACAUCACCACAUGUGUGGGCAACAUGAUUUCGGCCAAGUCCUGGGCUGAUCCUAAGACGCCGUCUCGUACUGCGCGAGGAGUAGUACUCUUUAGGACACUCACGACGCUCCUGCUCCAGUUAUUUGCACGGUACAAGGAGUCCAGGGAUCAAGACCAGAUCGUUCGGUUGGUGAAUAGUCUCGUAGCCUGGUUUACUACUUGGUCGAUGGAUAUCUCGUCCAUGACUUCGACCUUUCAAGACUCUAUCGCAAGCCAGAAUCCAAGGACAAAACGCCUCGUCAUCGGUCAAUUGAGAGAAGAACUUGACAGGCUGGCCGAGAUCGUUAAUCGCGAUCUGGCCCAGAAGGAAGGGAAGAAGCAGGUGCCCGGACCGUCGCAGAUGGCCCUCCUUCACAAGCAGCAAGCCCGCAUCGCGCAGCUAGCCUUAGCCUACGAUCCGCCUGGAGAUCUCCGCACGCAAGGCCCGCGACACGACAACGACUCUUCAAAAAUAUCCGAGAUCAGAAUUGCCCCGACGCAUGAUGAACUUUUGUCGUCGUCAUUACCGUUCCUCCCUGUGACAUUAUCGGAUGCGCCGCACCAUCUACCUGCCCACUCCAUGGAACGCCAUUUGGACAGCCAGUUCCGCUUGCUACGCGAGGAGUUGGUCGCGCCCAUUCGUUCCUCGAUUGCUGUUAUCUUUGCAGAUCUUGAGGAAGUGAAGAAAUUUGUGCUCUUCGACAACCGCGGCGGGGCUUUCAAGACCAGUGGCAUCGACUCGGUUUUCUUCCACGUGUAUACUGGCGCUACUUUCACGUACGCUACCGCUGAGAAGCGCGACCUCACCGUCGGCAUUCGCAUCGACACCCCGCCAAACGGUGCAGCGCGCGACAAAGACGUGAGCAAGCGGCUCGAGUAUUGGAGAAACAAUCGACGGCUUGAGUGCGGCAGUCUGGUUGCGCUUGUCGUCGUCGACAGCGGGAGCCCGAAGGUCUUCCUUGGUGUCGUGUCCUCGACGAGCAGGGACCUCGCAGACUCGGCACGGAUGAACAAUCAGAAGGUUCAGCUGCGCAUGUCGUUUUUCGACCCCGAGGUCGAGCUCAUGGCGCUGCGCCGGCAGGCGAUUCAGGCGGACAAUGCGUACGGCUUCCUCGUCGACAAUAACAUCGUAUACGAGGCGACGCGCCCCUUCCUCGCGCGCCUGCAGACAAUGGAACCCGCAGACGUCCCAUUCGCUCGGUACCUCACGGACGGCUCCCUCGCGGAGAUCGAGGUGUCGCUUCCGAAGUAUGCGACCGCGCCGGACUUCCGCUUCAAGCUUAAAUGUUUGGCAAAGAACAUAGAGGCGCACCAUGUUGAGGAUAUGGACGUCUCCCAAGCGAGCGCUGUCCAGAGUGCACGGCAGCAGCUCCUAGACCACAGCACUUUGGACCCGUCGCAAGUCGACGCGGGAAGUAUCGCUGAUACAAGGACAAUGGAACCCGCAGACGUCCCAUUCGCUCGGUACCUCACGGACGGCUCCCUCGCGGAGAUCGAGGUGUCGCUUCCGAAGUAUGCGACCGCGCCGGACUUCCGCUUCAAGCUUAAAUGUUUGGCAAAGAACAUAGAGGCGCACCAUGUUGCGGAUAUGGACGUCUCCCAAGCGAGCGCUAUUCAGAGUGCACGGCAGCAGCUCCUAGACCACAGCACUUUGGACCCGUCGCAAGUCGACGCGGUCGUGCACUCGUUGACCAGGGAAGUAUCGCUGAUACAAGGACCUCCUGGAACUGGCAAAGUCGGUAGCUAUACUGGCCGGGAGCUCCUUCGGGUGCUGAUCAAGAGUGGGGUCAAACCAAUCGCAAACACAGUGCUCAUCGCUUAUACCAACCACGCACUUGAUCACCUGCUAGAAGAUGUAUUGCAGUCUGAUAUCACGACAAAUAUCGCACGAUUGGGAUCGCAGAGUACAAACGAGGUGGUCAGCGCCCACACGUUGGAGAAGCUCGAGAAGGACGCGGACGAGAUGUUUCCGAACUGGGGGCGCUCGCUGAAGAGGUCGUACGCAGAGAUGAAGGAGCUGGAGGGCGAGAUCGAGAAGGUGAUGCGAUUCAUGCAAUGCCGCCGUCCAGCAUGGAAGGUCAUGCAUCGGUAUCUCGAGAAGCACCACGCAAAACAAGCACAUCAGCUGGUUCAACCUCCGGCGUGGAUCAAGAAGCUGGUCGAGCAUCUCAAAGGUGACGAGGCCGAGCACGGGGAAUGGCAAACCAAGGUUGACAGGCGCAGAGAGCGGGAGAUCAAGCAGUACAAGGGCACUAUUUAUGGCACCUGGAGAGAAGGCGUCGACCUCGAUCUGCUCGGCAACUCGGACUCACCCUCUGCACGUCUACUGACGUCCCUCGGGCUUUCGGCGGCUCUCCAGAAGGUACCAACAUCGGACCGUACUCUUGAUGCACUCAAGAGCACCCGUGAGAUAUGGUCAAUGUCACUCAAGGAACGGCAGAAGCUCUCGCGGUUCUGGGAGGACAGUGUUCGGACGUCUGUCUUCGACGAGUGCCGGAGUCGAUAUAAUUCCCUGCGCUAUCAAUAUAAGAGGGCUUGCGAGGAUUUCAACGACAUUCGGGACGAGGUAGAAGAGGCGCCGAAUACUCAGUCAAGUGGAUUUGAUUGCGUGCACGACCACAGGGGCCGCGAAGCUGACGUCGGUACUCGCGGUAUAUCACCAUUUAGAGAUCAUUUUAGAUUCGUUGCGCCGAAAGUUCUCCUUGUCGAAGAAGCUGGUCAAGUUCUAGAGGCACACGUCCUGACGUCCUUGGUAUCCUCUGUCCAACAUCUCAUCUGCAUCGGCGAUCCAGCACAACUUCGCCCUAAUGUCACCAACUUCUCUUUGUCAAUGGACAGUUCGCGUGGCCGGGACCUGUUCAAGUUCGACAGAUCGCUCAUGGAGCGUCUUGCGGACGAGUCGUUGACCAUGACUCAGAUCAACGUCCAACGACGGAUGAGGCCGGACAUCUCCCAUUUCAUCAGAACUAUCCUUUACCCUGCACUUGAAGACCAUUCUCUUGUAUACGACUACCCACCUGUGCGCGGCAUGCGGAGCAAUGUUUUCUUUCUCGACCACAGGCAACCUGAAGCUUCUCCGGAGGAAUCGGUCUCGAAGUUCAACGUGUACGAGGUGGGCAUGGUCAAGGAUCUCGUGCUCUAUUUCCUGCGUCAAGGAGAUUAUAACGCUCCUGGAGACAUUGCCGUGCUUUGCGCAUAUCUGGGCCAGCUGCAGAAGGUUCGGCAGGCGCUGCGGGAAGUCCGCGUUGCGGUCACUAUGGAUGAACGGGACGCAGAACAACUUCUGCGGAAGGAUAUGGAUGAAGAGGUUACCGCCGAUGACGUUGUCGUCGCCCAGCACAUCGAACUUGGUACCGUGGACAUCUUUCAGGGUAGAGAAGCAAAGAUCGUCAUCGUCUCUCUCGUUCGCAACAGCGGCACCGACGAAUGCGAAUCCGCAUCUAUUGGGUUCCUCAAAAGCUCCAACAGAAUAAAUGUUGCCCUUUCUCGCGCCAAGCACGGGCUGUUUGUUCUUGGUAAUAUUUCGAAUCUACGCAAGAACCCGACGUGGUCGACCGUCCUCGAUGAAAUGGAGAUCCGCGGACAGACCGGCACUGGCUUUCCCAUCAUAUGUCCCCGUCAUGUGGAGCAAGUGCACGCCAUCUCCCAACCUGGAAAGCUCGAGGAAGUCGCGCCCGCUGGAGGAUGUCGUAUUCCCUGUUUGAUGGAGAUGCCCUGCGGCCAUGUAUGCCCCUCCGUCGUGAGUUCUUCUUUCUGGUUCUCCGUAUUAUCAUAUAAUGAUAGUAUGUCCACCAGUGUCACGACGCUCGAGACAAUCAUCGCAGUAUUAAAUGCCCUGAGCCCUGCCCGAGGGUCGAUUGUCCCCGGGGCCACCCUUGCCCUCGCAAAUGCCACGAGCUCUGCGGAAACUGUGAAUCUCCGUACAACAGCAUUAAGCUGCCUUGUGGGCACGUCAAGGACAAAGUCCCAUGGCUGGACGACGUCAAGUGCACCGUGCCUGUCAUCAAGACGCUGCCGCACUGCGAACACUCGCCCACUCUCAGCUGCAGCACGAACAUCGCGGAGCACAAAUGCGCUGCCCCAUGUGGAGGAACGACGCACGCAACCCACCGGUGCGAACGUUUCUUGUCCUGCGGCCAUACCUGUGGGCUUGAUUGCUCCCGGGGCCACAAGUGCAACGAAGCGUGCGACCAGCGGUGCCUGCGCGUUUGCGGUCAUUACCAGCGCUGCGAAGAGAACUGUUCCGUGCAAUGUUUGCGCGCUGCCCUGCGAGACGCCCUGCGCGCGUCUCCCUUGUGAUAUGCCGUGCAUAGAAACUUUGAACUGCGGUCAUUCUGCGGCGAACCUUGCGAAGACCAAAAAUGCCCCUGCCUGCCUCUCUGCGCAGACGACGGUUCCUACAGUCAACAUUACGCAGAAGCUGCGAGAUAUCGAACUCCGGUCCCCGAGACUCUCCAACCGCUUGGUAUCGCUUGACUGUGGCCACAUCUACACUAUCAAAUAUCUGGACGAUCAUUACAGGUUGCACGAUUUCUAUGACAGGGACGGCAGUGGAAGAUGGAGUGUAGCCAGACGGCCUCCAGCAGCUCGCGAAUUUGCGCCGCCAACAUGUCCGUCCUGCGCCGGGCCCAUCACGGUACGCAGGUACAACAGGAUUCGCAACUGGGCGAUGCAGGGCAAGAUGGGUCCUAAGGCUUGACGAUGCCAUCGUCAGUCCGCUUGGAAGGCUCGGGCUCGGAAAUUUUGGGCUCGGAAAUGUUGAGCUUCGGUGUUAAUUACCUGAUAGAUUGCGUUGCAGGGAGUAUUCUUACAAUUUUACGAAUCAACUUGCUGUCCUGGUA